CGUUAAACCCCUUUUCUCCGGUCCUCCCUAAAGUGCCUAUGAAGGUGACGAAAGAGAACAUAACGCAUGCUCGGAUUUUGAUUUUGUUGUUGAUUCUCAGAUGUAGUAUUAAUACCAUUAUUUAAUUAGUAGUAAUGGUAUAUACUAUAUACAGGGCGGAGAGGACAAGGCUAAACUCACCAAAAUAGGAGCAAGACCGGUGGCCGGUGGCAAAUAUCGGUGGCGGACCAAGGAGGACUGUCUCCGACGACAACGAGACUCCUGAGUCCGGUGAAGGUGUAGUUAGUUGUGAAGUGGAAAAACGCUAGCGGUAAUUGGAGCAUUGAUCUUAUUUCUACGAGAAAUAGUAGUAUCAAGACAACCGGAGUCGCAGAUAAUGCAGCGGCACUUUGCGAGGCGGCUGUCUGUUUCUCCGGCGGAGCUCUCUUAUUCCGCUAGAGCUUUUGCUGAGACAUCAAAUCUUGUGGGUGGAUCGAAACUCCAAUGGCGCAGAAGCUCCUUUGCGGUCUCUGCUGCUUCAGACUCUUCAUCAGAAGCUAGGAAGGGUCGGAAAAGGGUCUCAAAGGAUGAAAGGAGAUCUAUGGUGGAAUCGUUUGUACACAGGUAUAGAGUCCUGAACUUGGGGAAGUUUCCAACUGUUUCAGAAGCUCAAAGAGAAGUUGGUGGAUCAUACUACACUGUGAGAAUGCUGGUACAAGAGUUGCAAUAUAAAUCUCAAAUGCCUGCUAUAAACACGAAGGAAUCUGAAAUCGAAGCAGAAACCAAGAGAAAGGUUGAACUAUCAAUCAUUAUUGGAGAUGUUUUGCGCAACCAAAUUGCAACUGAAGAAGAUACUAUUGCUUACACUCAGGAAAUUGUUAAAACACCAUUGCGAGAUAGUGAAUCCACAAAAGGUGAAUUAGAGAUUUCAGAUUAUCUUAUCAAGGUGAGUGAAGCCCCAAUAAGAAAAAAAACAGCUGGGGAAAGUGAAUUGACAGAAACUACAGUACCAUCAGUUGCGCAGACAUCAUCAGACAUUGAAGCUCUUAAGAAUGAAUCUCCACCACUAAGAACUUCUUGGGAAAAACAAGCAGUUCACAAAAAUGACUCGUUACCUGAGAGUGAUGAGCAUCCAAAACAAGAUUCAUCACCUUCAGUUUCAGAAGAGGAGAUUUCUUUCAGUAAAACUGGAACAUCUUCGGCAAGGAGUGAUAAAUCUGAAGCACUUUCCGACGGAAGUGAUUCGCGUAAUGAAGAACCAGAAUGUGAUGUCAUCAAAUUUAAAGAUAAUCAGCUGGAGCAAUCACCUGAACCAGAGAAGCUUACAAGGGACCUGUCCAAAGAGCAGACAGAUGAUGCAGAUUCACCGAUCGAAUCUUUUACAUGGAAAAGCCUCAAGUCUCUGGCUGAUGGCUUUCUAAAUAUGUGGAGAAAAUUGUAAUUUUGUGUGUGAAAAGUGAUUGAGCGGAGUUGCAUGUUUUGGAUUGACUCUGAUGUUUCGUACAUCAUGUACAGAAAGACAUCUUUCUUUCCUUUUUUUACGCCUCCCUGUACUUAGGUUUCGACUUCUGACAUAAUGUUACCACUGAAUGUAAGCUGCUUGUUGGAAAAGAAUGAGAUGGUUUGCAGCUAAUUUUUGACGGUCAAAAACAUUUGUUGUGGUGGCAAAGGCAAUAUUUGAAUUUUCUUCCUCCUUUUUAUGUCAA